UCCCCCCCAGACAAAGAUGUCUGAUUCGUUUCCUUUGUUGUGACAGUGAGAAACACAAAUCGCGCCGUUACCAUUUCAUAUCCACGCUUUAAGACACAAAACCAAGAAACUCUUUUCUAUCAGUGUUGACCAGCCGCAAGAAUGAGUGGCGGAGUGUAUGGAGGAGAUGAAGUUGGGGCUCUUGUCUUUGACAUGGGCUCGUAUUCAGUAAGAGCUGGAUAUGCUGGCGAGGAUUGCCCCAAGGCUGAUUUUCCCACUGUGAUCGGCGUGACACUGGACCGGGAGGAUGGCAGUGGACCGAUGGAGACUGAUGGAGAGAAAAAGCAGAGUGGCACCACCUACUACAUUGACACCAACCAGCUUAGGGUCCCCCGAGAACAGAUGGAAGUCAUGUCACCUCUCAAAAAUGGAAUGAUUGAGGACUGGGACAGUUUUCAAGCCAUUUUAGAUCACACCUACAAAAUGCAUUUCAAAUCAGAGCCUAGUCUGCAUCCAGUCCUAAUGUCAGAAGCCUCGUGGAACACACGAGCGAAGCGAGAGAAGCUGACUGAGCUGAUGUUUGAGCAUUACAACAUUCCUGCUUUCUUCUUGUGUAAAUCAGCUGUCCUGUCUGCGUUUGCCAAUGGACGAUCAACGGGUUUAGUGUUGGACAGUGGAGCGACACACACAACUGCUAUUCCAGUGCAUGAUGGUUACGUCUUACAGCAAGGCAUCGUAAAGUCUCCUCUUGCCGGUGACUUUAUGAGUAUGCAAUGUAGAGAGCUGUUUCAAGAAUUAGGUGUAGAAAUAGUGCCUCCGUAUGUGAUUGCGUCAAAGGAUUCAGUUCGUGAAGGAGCUCCAGCCAUUUGGAAGAAAAAAGAGAAGCUACCUCAAGUUACUCGUUCGUGGCAUAACUAUAUGUGUAAUACUGUCAUACAGGAUUUUCAGGCUUCUGUGCUGCAAGUAUCAGACUCGCCUUAUGAUGAACAAGUAGCGGCCCAGAUGCCCACCGUUCACUAUGAGCUGCCCAAUGGAUACAACUGUGAUUUUGGAGCGGAAAGACUUAAGAUCCCAGAGGGUCUUUUUGAUCCUUCUAAUGCUAAGGGUCUGUCAGGGAACACCAUGCUGGGAGUCGGUCAUGUUGUUACCACCAGUGUUGGCAUGUGUGACAUAGACAUUCGACCAGGUUUGUAUGGCAGUGUGGUAGUUACAGGAGGUAACACUCUUAUCCAAGGUUUUACAGACAGACUUAACAGAGAACUCUCCCAGAAGACACCACCAAGUAUGCGUUUGAAAUUGAUAGCCAAUAACACAACUGUGGAGCGUCGGUUUAGUGCUUGGAUAGGAGGCUCCAUCCUUGCAUCACUGGGAACUUUCCAGCAAAUGUGGAUUUCUAAACAGGAGUAUGAGGAGGGUGGGAAACAGUGUGUCGACAGAAAGUGCCCUUAACAAGUUCCUUCAAUGCCUGCUUGGCUUCAGAACCUCAAGAAAUGGAAGAAAUAUAAAAAAACAAACACCUAGUAGUGAAGCCUUCGUAGUGGACUCAGAACAAGGACACUUUUUUUUGUGCAAACAAACCAUAUUUUAAACAGCACCAUAUGGUUGCACUCUUUUGUAUUUCUUCCAGAAUAUUUUCAUAUCCAAUUUGGCAACACUUUUCUGACCACCUGGGUAAUUUUAAAAACAGUGACAACUGUAAUAGCAACUUCUGGGUACAUGCAAAUACCAAGGAUCCCUCAAACUGUAUCAGUGCGUAAGAACAGUUAGUAUAGUUUUAUUUUACACCACUGUUACUUCCUAUAAAACAAUCACAAGAAAUCAAAUGUUUGUUAUGCUUUUAACAAUUGAUCGGCUCUUUUGGGAAUAAAAUUGUUUUUUGUUAAA